AGAAAAUAAAUAAAAAUUAAAAGAAUCAUAACGAUACAAUAAAAGAAAGAAAAGAGUAAUAAUAAGAUUAUGUCUUAAUCCAUUACAAAUAGCUAGUUUUUAUACUAAGGUGGCUACCCAGCUAACUCACCUCCUAGAAAAUCAUUUUAACCUGAAAAGGAAAGAGAAUAGGUUUUGUUAAGAAAAGAAGAAAUCAUUAAUGAAUUCCGUAAUACAUACUUAAAAAAUACAUCUGAAACUGAUAAAUUGCAAUAAUUAACUUAUGCUGAUGGAGCCACUUAUAUUGGCUAAAUUAGAGAUAAGAAUGUCAAGCAUGGCAAGGGUAUGUACACUUAUCCUAAUGGAGAUAUUUACCUUGGUGACUGGAAAGAUGACUUCUUCAAUGGAAAUGGUGUUUAUAUUUUUAGUAUUGGUGAAAGAUAUGAAGGCCAGUUAAUUAAUGGAUACAAGCACGGUCGUGGAAAAUACUUCUAUGUAAAUGGAAAUGUCUACUAAGGAGAAUGGAGAGAAGAUAAAAAAGAUGGUCGUGGUGUUUAUUAAUACAAUACUACAGGUGAAAAGUAUGAAGGUGAAUGGAGAAAUGGUGAAAGACACGGAAAAGGAACCUACUAUUUCGCUUUUGGAGAUGUUUAUGAUGGAUCUUGGGAAAAUGGAUGCAAAAAUGGAUAUGGUGUUUUGACCUAUGCUUCUGGUGCUAGAUAUGAAGGCAUGUGGGCAAGAGAUCGUGCUAAUGGUCGUGGUAUUAUGUACUAUGCUAACAACGAUAAAUAUGAUGGUGAGUGGGUUGACGGUGCUAAGCAAGGUAAAGGUGUUUACUAUUUCCAUGAUGGUAGUCGCUACGAAGGUGAUUGGGUAUAGGACUAUAAGAAUGGUAUUGGUUUGUUUAUUCAUGUCAACGGAGAUAGAUAUCAAGGUGAAUUUAAGGAAGGAGAAAAGAGUGGUAAAGGUGUUUACAACUAUAGCAAUGGUGAUAGAUACGAAGGUGAGUGGUAAAAUGAUAAGAGACAUGGUCGUUUAGGUACUUUAUACAUGCAAAAUGGCGAUAGAUACUCUGGUGAAUGGAAGGACGGAGAAAAGAAUGGAUAAGGUGUUUAUGAAUUCUCCAAUUUCGAUGUCUAUGAAGGCUAUUGGUUGAACGGAAAACGUCAUGGUAAAGGUAUCUACAGAUGGAAUAAUGGAGAACACUACAACGGUGAUUGGAAGAAUGAUAGAAUGAAUGGCUACGGAGUCUUCACAAAGGUUGAUGGUUCUGUUUAUGAAGGUGAAUUUAAAGACGAUGUUGCUGUUUAAUAACCUUACUGA